AUGAUGAACCACUGGAGAGAGGGACCCAAAGGAGGGUACCAUAGGCAAUGUUACCAGAGUUAUACUAAUGUAGGCAACAUAUCUAGGAUCGAAGGGACUGCUAACAAGGCCGCGCCUGCAUCUGCUGAUCAAGGAAUCGCUGCAGACGAACCAAGUAAAGAGCCUCCAGCAAAACGCUUCCAUAGAUCUCAAGUUCAGAGAUUUGAUAUUGAUAAAUGCAUCAUUUGCCAAGUGGAGAAAUGUAAACGUGGAAAGGGAGCGAGGUCAAGGGAAGCUCUAACCCAGAAUAUCAGCGAGUAUGGCAGUGCAUCCCUUCUCAGAGCAGCUGAGAUAAGGGGCGACAAUCGUGUGCUACCGCAGAUAAAAGGACAGGAUUGUAUUGCUCGCGAGAUUAAAUACCACAGAUCGUGCUACAAGAAUUAUGUUCGCCUUGAAACACUAACAAAGCUCGAAGCUCAAAACUGUGCCACUGAAGAUAAAGAAUCUCGAGGCUACAGCAAAGCAUUUGGCAAAUUGUGUCAUUAUCUUCAAAGUGAAGUCAUUAUUAAAACAAGAAUCCUCAAUAUGACAGAACUUGUUGGAAAAUUUGUUUCACACCUAAACGAGGAAGGCUUAAACAUCAGUGACUACAGGUCAUCAAAGCUCAAGCAACGACUGAAAGGAGCAUUUGGAGAACAGUUAGACUUUCGCAGGCCUUCUGAUCCUAGCCAGCCGGAGCUUGUCUAUAGCGCCAAUGUCGAGAAGGGAGAAAUCGUCGAGUCUUUGGUUUCGCAAUCAGAUAUGACAGAUGGUGGUUUAGAGUCUGGAGCGGAGGAGAUUGAUGAACAAGGCCCAAGAGCCAGGAAGGACGUUGCACAUCAGGUUUAUCAUACGUCAAAAGAACUGCGAAACCUUCUUCUGGACGUGAAUCCGGUUCUUUCAUGGCCACCAAAGGCUGACGAGUUACAAUCUGACGCUGCUUUAGUGCCCGAUAUGUUGUACAAUAUGCUGACUUGGAUUCUUACCUCAGAUACCGAAUUUAGUACUGAACGGGUUACAAAUCUACCCAAUCAUGUUCAUCGCUGGAUUCUUUCACUAGGACAGGAUCUAAUUCACUGUGUUUCCCAGGGUCGCACAAAGACUCCCAAGCAUGUGCUAUUACCCAUGACAGUCAAAAGCCUCACUGGGAAUGCCGAACUGGUAACUCUCUUGAACAGAUUUGGUCAUGGUCUUUCAUAUUCUCAGAUCGAAGAGCUUGAGACAGCAAUUGCUGAGCAGCAAAUAACAAAUCUCCGCAAUGGUGUAUUGUUGCCGACCGUGUGCAGUCCCAGUGUUUCUGCCGUUUUCUGUUGGGAUAACAAUGACCUUCAGGAGGAGACUUUAUCAGGUAUCUAA